CCCAAGAAGUUAAUAAGCCCAAAUAGUUUCAUUGCCUAACCGUUAACUGCAUCACACAUUUCUCUCUCUGGAUUACUCCGUCGACAGAACAAGGUUCUAGGGUUAUAGUCUUACAGGCUUGUUACCUGCCGCGAUGAGUCUGGAACACGUCUUGAACUAUCUGAAACGCAAACACCUCGAGAACCCAUCUUUCUCAUACGCAUUGGAAGACGAAGACAAUGUCGGAAACGUUUUCUGGGCCGAUCCCACUUGCAGAUUAAACUACACUCACUUCGGCGACACCCUCGUCUUCGACACUACCUACCUGAGAAACAGUCAAGUCCCUUUCGCCGCCUUCACAGGCUUCAACCACCACGGCCACCCUCUCCUCUUCGGCUGCGCUCUCAUCCUCAACCAAUCUCAAUCCUCCUUCGCCUGGCUCUUCCACUCUUGGCUUCAAGCCAUGUCCUCUCCUCCUCCUCCUCCUUCCAUCACCCUCGAGCCUGACCCCGUGAUCCACCUCGCCGCUUCUCAGGUUUUCCCCCAGGCGCGUCUUCGCUUCAGCCUCCCUCUUAUCAUGGAGAAGCUCGCUCACGUGUUUGGGUCUCACCCCGGGUUUCAGUCUGAGUUCUUGAGCUGUGUUAGGGAGACGGAGACAGUUGCUGAGUUUGAAGGGGCUUGGGACUCUGUUGUGAGGAGAUACUGUCUAGAGGAGGAUCAUUGGCUUCAGUCUAUUUAUAACGUUAGGCAGCAGUGGGUUCCUGUUUUUAUUAAAGACACUUUUUUUGGAGAGCUGUCUAGUGAGAACAAGAACUCGUUCUUCCACGGGUUUGUGGACGGGUCAACCACCAUGGAGAUGGUCAUGAUACAGUGUGAGGAAGCUGUUGAAAGCUGGCGUGUGAAAGAGCUGAGAGCUGAUUAUGAAUCGACUAACUCUACUCCUGUUUUGAAGACGGCUUCUCCGAUGGAGAAGCAAGCUGCUGGAGUGUAUACGAGAGCAGCGUUUAUGAAGUUUCAGGAGGAGUUUUUGGAGAUUUCCGCGAAUCCUGUGAGUAAGAUGAGUGAUUCCACUUAUCGUGUGGGGAAGUUUGGACAAGGUCACACUGUUGAGUUUGAGUCUCUUGAGGAGGUGAAAGCUAAUUGCAGCUGUAGGAUAUUUGAGUAUUCGGGGAUUGUUUGUAGACAUAUAUUGGCUGUGUUCAGUGCCAGAAAUGUUUUUACUCUUCCGUCUAGGUAUCUGCUAAGGAGAUGGACCAAGGAAGCAAAGAGUAGCGGCGAGUUUUCGAACAGUGGUUGCCCAGAAUCAUCUUUAACCGUCUGCUAUGACAAUCUCCGUCAAGAAGCAACCAAGUAUGUGGAGGAGGGAGCCAAGUCUAUUCAGAUUUAUAAAGCUGCAGUGGUUGCCUUAGAUGAAGCUGCCAAGAAGGUUGCUGCUGCAAGUAGUAAAACUAGAGGAGGAGUAACCAAUGGGGAUUCUUACCAGUCUGACGAAACUCAAGAAACUGCCAAUGGAAUGUAUCAUCCACUUCAAUGUCAGGGUGAAAAGGAGAGGACCAUACUUGAACUGACAGCUGAACUGGAGAGGACAGGUCAGCGAUGCGAAGCUUAUAGAGCAAACCUGCUGUCUAUUUUGAGAGAUAUGGAAGAACACAAGUUUCAGCUGUCUCUCAAGGUGCAAAAUGCUAGACUAAGCUUGAAAGAGUGAAUGCAAACCUGAUGGAUAAUGCCCAUACCACUCUGUGCUUUUUAAUCAAAAUCUUCUAGCUUCAAUAACUCUGUACUUAAAGAUGAAAACAUUCAUUAUAUCUUCUUCUACUCAAAAGAUGAAAACCAUAAACAGAACAUAA